AUGGCCAGAAUGACGACCAAGGAGAUGUGGGAAACCAUUAAGCAGUACUUCGGGGACGGCCACGUCCUGGGGUCUGCUCCACUGCGCUACAACAUGCACAUUUGCGAAAUGAAGCGUCCAUCCACAAGCGCCAAUGCCGCUGAACCUGACAAGAAUGGUAGCGCCAGAUAUGGAGUAGAGAUCAGCGAGCACGCGAUGCCUUUAUACUCUGUCUAUACAUGCCCUCCACCCUGCACAUGUUUCGACAUGGCGGCUGUAGUCAAGCGCAUUGAUGAGUACCUCGAAACCGCGCCGGACAGUCACCCAGACGACUUCACUAUCACCAGCGGGAAGAACGACACAGACGCGGAGGAGGUGAACCUGUACAUCAUGCGCGACGUCCUCAGUUGGUGGGUCCAUUGGGGCGGAGCACUGCGGCCAGGGGACUACUGGAAGCAGAUCUACGUCGCCUUUGCUGCCAUCCCGAACGAUGUCCAGAUCCCUCCCAAUGCCUUCAUGGAUGGCUCGUAUCGAUAUCUAGGCCACACGUGGGAUGACUGCAGGCAAGGGUUGCUGGAGGAGGGCAUGCCGCCGACGGAGGUCGAGUUCGUCGAGAUGUGUCUCUGGCGGCAGAUGCUCACCCAGUACUUUGAGAAGGUGGACCCGGAGGUAUACCGGCUGCUCAAAGCCAAGAUCACUCUUAUGACGCAGUGCAAACGGGCAACACGCUUGGGUGUGCGGCGCUGA